GUCACAACAAACAUGGCCAUUCAGCGAAACGCACAGCAGGACGGAUAAAUAUUGUAAACCACUUGCUUUUAAACUGUGUUACGUGUUUCUAGCCGGCAGUAGGGAAGAUUUUAGUGCUCAUUCCAUCGAGAAGUAUUGCAGCAAGAACGCCUAGUAAGCUCAGGCUUCGAAAACCGACCGUAUCGCAACGAGAAACUAGCCGCAUCUUACCGACAUCAUCGUUCACUGGAGUGAGCGGUGCCAACACGGUCGUCAGACAGACACUCGGAGCAGAAGCAAAAAAGCAUAAAGCAUUUUAUGUACGUAAAAUCGCGACCCACCCUUAGUCGGUUGGUGAAGCGGUUUGUGUCCAUUUGUACGAAACUUUCUCCAAUUCGUUCGCUCCGUCGGAUGCCUGCUGCUGGCCAAGCAAGGCAAUAGAUAGGCAGAGCCGUUUGUUUACGUACGUGCCCGCUAAUGUGUCUGACGGCGGGUGACGGUAGCGGUCGGUACCCCCUUGUCUGGCAGUAAAGUAGAGAGGCAAUCAGCGAAGAAUGCAGUCGCCGCCGUCCCUGGAGGUUAGCUGCACUCGUAGUAAACGAUAAUCAAGUGAUCCGCGUACAUUUACCAUUCGCAAUGUGCAACGCUUGAAGAUAGAGAGGCGCGUUCGCGGAUGGAGCAAAUAUAAAGUAUUGCCAGUAACGGAUAGUGUGUAAUAGCAGGAUUGCAACAAAAAAUACCGUUCCGUAUUGAAGCACGCAAGCAGCAAACAAUAGUAUUUAAAUCUGUCCGUUCGUCCACAUCAUGCUAGUGAGCAAUUGAUUGCAACAAAAUCAGCGUGAAAACUCAUCCUCAUCGUGUACCGGAUUGUGGCUCAUAUUAAUGCACUAUCAUGGAUAGCAGUGAAGCGACAGGCAGCACCAAAGUAGUACGCAAAGGUGGCGCUGAACGCUUACAUCGAAAGGGGUAUCCGUUUGCGUCAAGAGCGGGCCCUAGAACAAUGGACACGGACGGACGCACUGGACACGCUCGGUCCACAGCUCUCUAGUACCGUGACACGCUGGCUACUGUACGGUACCGUCGUGCCCUCCGUCCAUUCGUCCAACUACCAGCACCGGCAAUACUCAUCCGCACAUUCCACCAUACCGCACAGCCGGCACACGGUGCGCAGACUACUACCCAGACGCAAAAUGUCUUCGACGGAAAGUGGUGGCAGCGGUGGUGAUGGUGGUGGUGGUGGUGGUGGUGGCAGCAGCAGCAGCACCAGUAGUCCCAAAGUGCCCUCGCCCACCCGUCGAACGCCCGGGCGGCGUGCGCGAGAACUGCAUCGUACGUCGACGGCCACCUCGUCCUACUCCUCGGCCGGUUCCAUUACCUCCAUACUGUCCAGCCUGUCCUCGGUGAACAGUGCGGGCGGUGGUGGCCACCAGCAACAACAUUCCCAGCGCAAACAGCGUCGCUACAAGCGACGGAUAGCCAAGACAGCAGCGGCGGCGGGUACAGCUGAAACCAAAGGUGGUGACGUCGGCAGGCGGCGUACGCGGAAAGCAAUGGCCAACAAAACGAACCCCGACACCCGGUGGACCGACGAGAGCCGGUCCGAUUCUUCAGAACAUUCCAUUGAGGGACCAGUGUCGAUGCCAUGGUUCGGCAUGGACAUCGGCGGCACGCUGACGAAGCUGGUGUAUUUCGAGCCGAAAGACAUCACGCCGGGCGAACUGGACCAGGAGGCACGCAUUCUGCGCAACAUUCGGCGUUACCUGACGAAGAAUUCCGCCUACGGUAAGACGGGCCACCGGGACAGCCACCUGCAGAUGGACGAUGUGGUGAUCCGGGGUCGCCGUGGAUCGCUCCACUUCAUUCGCUUUCCGACGUCGGAGAUGCUAAGCUUUCUGAAGCUUGCCAAAUCGAAGGGCAUGGCCCAGCUGGUAACGACCGUGUGUGCAACCGGCGGCGGUGCGUUCAAGUUCGAGGAAGACUUCCGGCUGAACGUCAACAUGAAGCUGGCCAAGUUUGAUGAGCUGGACGCGUUGAUCAAGGGCAUACUGUUUACCGAAACGCACAACAAAUGUGAAUGCUACUUUUGGGAGAAUGCCAAUGAAAUUAGUAGUACGAAGAAAAAGUUCGACUUUAGCCAACCGUACCCGUUUAUACUGGUGAACGUCGGCUCGGGCGUAUCGGUGCUGGCGGUGCGCGGCCCGGACAACUACAAGCGCAUCUCCGGUACGAGCCUGGGCGGCGGAACAUUCCUGGGCCUGUGCUGUCUGCUCACCGGCUGUGAAACAUUCGAGGAAGCAAUACAGUUAGCUACGAAGGGUGAUCAUAAGAAAGUAGAUAAGUUAGUUAAAGACAUUUACGGCGGUGACUACGAGCGGUUCGGGCUGCCCGGCGAGUUGGUCGCGUCCAGCUUCGGACAGAUGCAUCUAGAGGAGCGAAGGCAGAGCGUUAGCAAGGAGGAUUUGGCCCACGCUAUCCUGGUGACGAUCACCAACAACAUCGGUUCGAUCGCACGCAUGUGUGCUAGUAAUGAGAAGAUUGAGAAGGUGGUAUUUGUGGGCAACUUCCUGCGCGUGAAUCCGAUCUCGAUGAAGCUGCUAGCGUACGCGAUGGAUUACUGGUCGAAGGGAACGCUCAAAGCUUUGUUCCUUGAGCACGAGGGCUACUUCGGUGCUGUCGGUUGCCUUUUGCAGUUCAACGGUGAGCUGCACGCACAAGUCGGUGAUUUACUUACUUAGAUAGUAGGCUAGCGUGUAACGUAAAACGGUAACAACUGGAUAGGAAUGACAGAAAGCAAAAAAAAAACGAGGAAUCACCAUCCACCCAUCCGACUUGUAUCCGGGUUCCAUUUCUCUAUUGGUUUCAAUUGGCACGGUUUGAGCGGGGCUGGUUCUACGUUGGUUCGUUUUUAUAGCACUCGUUAGGUGCAAGCUGGGCGUGGCCCGACAUGGCCGGGGUUCAAAUCCGGGGAUCGUUCCCCCAUAGUGAGGACUGACUAUCCAACUACGCGGUAUCAAUACGUCUAGUAAGCCAGAAAUGAUGGCAGGUCGGUUAGGAGAAGAAAGAAGAAGAAGGUUCGAAAUUCGACCGUAAGAGACAGACCCGAAUUGGACAGCUUUCAAGCUGUGAACCCCCACCUCCAACCUCACACGCUCAGACGGAGUGGGGGGGACCCUUUCUCAAUCAUAUUGUUCUAGGCGAUUAUAGGAACGUAUCUACACGAAUUUUGAGGCAGUCUAGUGUAAGAGGAAAGCAUUGCUACAAUGCUGAUAGGGUUUUAGCGAAACCAACCAACAUGAUGGAAAACAAAUCCAGAAAUCCAUAUUCAAAUGAUAUCCGUCGGUUUGUCCGUUAAAAUGAGCUGUGAGAGAGGGCGCACUGAUAUCGAAGAACACUGCGCGUAGCUAAUGUUUGUUUUUGUUUUGUUUCGAAUCGUACUGAGUUCUUCCGUUUAGAGUUGCUGUUGAGCGUUAUUAGCUACACAAACAAUACAAUCAACUUUUCCAAACAACCACGCACCGACAACCACCCAUGACGAACAUGUCCCCAAAUAUUUACAAAAACGAGUGAGAUUCCUUAGACACAGGGAGCAGCGAACCCCGCCACACCACACCUGCUUAUAAUUAGGCAAAAUCGGAAAUAAUGGUAUUGGUUAGCGAAGUGGUGGUAGUACGAAAAAGCGAGGAUUGAGAGAUCUAUUGGCAGAAACCGUGGGUGGAUAGUUAAAUCAAAUAAGUUAAAAAUUAUGAUAAGAACCGGAACGAUAGCUAGAUUGAUAGGUGGGACUGGUGCUCAUUGCAAAGAAACACACACACUCACACGGACUCCCCUGUGCUUUUGUGUUUGUUUGCAGGUCAGUGGGGUAAAUGUUAUUGCUACUUUUAUUAUUAAUAUUAUUAUUUUUAUUUUAUACCUGUUUAGUAGAUGUUGAACAAAAUUUGGCGUUGCUAUUAAGUUGAGUUCAAAACUCAAAAGGCCACCCUUUGCAAAACAAAACAAACUUGCUUUCAGGAAACGCUGUAGAAACGCGAGUGUAAAACUUAAAGGUUCUAGGAUGUAAUUCGAUUUUUGAUCUUAUCUCCUCAGACUGCUAACUGCGACCAACGGGAAUAAACGGAAUAGGAGGAAACGUGAAGAUAAAGAAGGAAGCGUUCAUUGAGAAAAGGAUGUUUCGAAAAAAAACAAAACCUAUCGAAAAAUUGAAAAAAGCCAACAAGCUAGCUGCUAAUUUUACACACACACAAAUCUUACAAAAUAGAACAAAAUAGAAAAACAAAAGCAAACAAACGUAUCACAACGUGGUGGUGGAUGAUGGAGUCAGUUGACUCCGGGCUGCUCAACCUACCAACGCCUCAAAACGCGCCUAAAUGUGCAUCGCCUAAAAACAAACGAAGCACGAACCAGACGUAAACAAUGAAAGGUUUUUCGGUAUCGAAGAAAAGCGUAGAAAGUAAGUUCUGCUUUUGGGUACAGAAAAAUCGCCCAGCCAAUGCACAACAGCCAGGAAGAGCAACGAUGCACAGGGCGUGUGUGUGUGUGUGUGACAUGGCCGAUAUCGAAAUAGAGAAAUUCAAAGCAAAAGACAGUUUUGAUCGCGUUCGAUCGAAUUGCUAAGAACAUUUUUCCACUAUUUGCUUUAUACAGUUAAUUACAAAACCAAAUGAAAUAUAUAUACACAGCGCAGAUAAAAAAAAACCCAC